UUCAAGCAUCUGCAACCUGUUGCCUGUCUGCUGGCCUGCCUGCCCUUAUUCACUGGACUUUCGACCUUUGUGAGCGGAUUGAGAACAUGGACCUUGAUCAGACCAACCUGGAAUGGCAGACCUUCAAUGGUUCUCUCCCCAACGGAGCAGUUUCAAUCUACAAUGACUACUAUGACCGCAUCGACUACGUUAGCAAAUACGGGAUUGAGGCCGGCUUCUACAACCCUGACAAGGGUCCUUACUGCCACUACCCAUACGGAGAAAAGGAGCUUCGUGGUUCCCCGUUUGAGAUCCUGGUGAACAAAGACAACUUUGAGUUUUUGGAAUGGAAGGACGGCUCCUAUGAUAAAGUUCCUCCAAAUUCAGUCUCUACCUCCCCCCUCGGAGACACAUAUGUUGGGAAGAACCAGUAUGGUCUUGGAAAGGUGGAUGUUAAAAAUGAGGCCUUCUUCCUUCCCUAUGAAGGGAAGGAGACUUGGUACAAGCACUACCAGGUCCUGACCGUCAACCGAGAUAUUAUCAGUGAGGACAUUUCUGAUGUCAAGUAUAACACCAAUGGGGUUCAAAUCAUUAAAAGUCCUCCAGAGACCCUGGACACGUCUAUUAUCACUAACAAUAGCUGCCAGGAAGUGACACAGACAACUACCAUUGAAAAGACAAUCCAAGUGGAGCAAAGGUGGGACACCAGCUUUUCCAUCACAUCGGGGGUCACGUCUACAAUCACUGCAGGAAUCCCUGAUGUCGCCUCUACUAGUAUUAGUUUUAGCAUGGAGACAACCUUCCAGUACACCAAAGGAACCACCAUCACCAAGUCGACCACCCAAAAGGUUUCUGUUCAGCACACAGUGCCACCAAACCACUCCUGCACUGUCACUAUGGUGGGACGAGAGCACAGGGCAGACAUCCCUUUCACUGCACGUCUCUGUCGCACCUACAGAGACGGGAAGACCAAUUGGACAUCCAUCUCUGGGACCUACAGAGGCGUCCAAAUGGGAGAAGUCCGGGCUGAUGUGGGUCGCAGUGUACCUAUACCGGGUGCAGCAACCUGUCCACCCAAGAGAUAA